GAGGUAUCUGGCAGCUUACCUCAGAAACAUAUACUUUAAGGCCAUGACAAGCUCAGUGCCAGUGCUUUGUGAAGUGCCAGAGGGUUAGCAUCAAUUUUUACAUACGACUGUUGCUGGAAAUUAACUUUUGUUUUUGAGCAAGACAAAGAUAUGACGAAGAGAACAAAGAGCAACAAACCAAGUAACCAGCCACACAGAAAAUGCUCAUGGAUGGGGAUGCAGGAGGAUACAUUGGAUGAUGAGACACAACAGGCUUUCUUAAGUGAGUCAGGGACGACGAUGAUGUCGUCAAAGAAUGACGGCGGAGGAGGAGGGAGUCCGUCAGGAGAAAUGUGCGUGGUGCGCCCUACCCUCAACGUCGCCCAACGCAACCAGCAUUACCACUUCGACCCCGGCCAUUCUCCAGGCCUGCGGGAGACGAUCCAGACGAAGGUGGCGAAAUCAUGUAGCUUCUCGUCCGGUUGCGUGUCGUCCGCCAUCACCGCCCGCCUGCCCAUCCUGUCGUGGCUGCCGGCGUACAACUUCAGGGAACAUCUUCUUGGCGACAUCAUUGCCGGCGUAACUAUUGCCAUCAUGCACAUUCCUCAGGGCAUGGGUUUCGCACUGCUGUCAAACAUUCCUCCUGUGAAUGGUAUCUACAUGGGCUUCUUCCCCGUGCUGAUCUACGCUCUCUUGGGUACUUCACGCCAUUGCUCCAUGGGUAGCUUUGCUGUAGUCUGCCUGAUGACCGGGAAAGUCGUAACGGAACUGGCCACUCCUGAAGGCGCUAUCGUCGACGGUGAUAUAGCAGGCAAUUCCACAACGUCCUAUACAGCUGUUCAAGUCGCCACUAUAGUUUCUUUUAUGGUUGGGGUCUGGGAGCUCAUCAUGGGGUUACUGCAGCUCGGGUCCCUCAGCGUCUUCCUCUCCGAAAUGCUGGUGUCUGGCUUCACCACAGGGGCGGCCUUUCACGUGCUGACGUCGCAGGUCAAAUACCUCUUUGGGCUUCAGAUCAAAGGGCACAGCGGUCCAUUCAAGAUCAUUUAUACGUAUCGUGAUAUCAUCAAGCAAUUACUGCACUCGAACGUAGCAGCUGUGAUCGGCUCCGCAAUCACAAUAAUUAUUUUAACAGUGAACAAUGAGGUGAUCAAGCCCAGACUACGAAAGAAGACGAACAUCCCGAUCCCAAUUGAACUCAUCGUGGUGAUUCUCGGAACGGCCGCCUCCUACUUGGGAAACCUCAAUGAACAGUUCGACCUGCUCAUCGUGGGAGAAAUUCCGACGGGACUGCCUCAGCCGGAAAUACCUCCGUUCGAGCUUAUACCAAAAGUAGUGGUUGAUGCUUUUGUCAUCACUAUUGUAGCGUAUACCGUGUCUUACUCUAUGGCGAAGAUAUUUGCGAAGAAGCAUAAUUAUGAAGUUGACGCAGCUCAAGAGUUGUAUUCACAGUCCGCAAGCAACGUGUUCGGAGCCUUCUUCGGCUGCGGGCCCAUCGCCGCCUCUCUCGCUCGGUCGCUGAUCCAAGAGGCGGUCGGAGGCGUGACUCAGAUGACCACCGUUAUCUCCUGUGCGCUCUUGCUGCUGGUCCUCCUGUUUGUGGGUCCUGUGUUUGAAACGCUUCCGAAUUGUGUCUUGUCGUCCGUCAUCGUCGUUGCGCUAAAGGGGAUGUUCAUGCAAGUAAACGACCUAAGGAGGGUGUGGGCCAUCUCGCGCGCCGACGCCAUGAUAUGGCUCGCCUCCUUCCUUGCUGUUGUUCUCAUCGACAUCGACUUCGGCCUGUUGAUUGGGGUCGUGGUGUCGCUGUUCGUUUUGCUGUACAGAGGACAAAAACCCAGCACGGCCAUCCUUGGUUCUGUUCCCAACACGGAUAUUUACCUGGAUAUUAAUAAGUACUCCGCGGCUGCAGAGGUACCUUCAGUGUCUAUUUUCCACUUCAAUGGGCCGCUUCACUUCGCAAACAGUGAAUACUUCCGAAUUCAGAUGUUCUCCAUGACUGGCCUGGACCCCAGUGCUAUUGUUAGUAAAAAGAAAGCCCUUGAGAAGGAGCAGCCAAAAUCCGACCUUAUCAUCGACCCUACCAAGGAAAAUGGUGUGCGUGGGAGUACGGAAAAGAUUCCUGAGGAGUUUGAAGACAAGCCAAGCGACAUGAAUGAUAAGCAUGCAGUUCUCUCCCUGCCCGAAGUAAAGUGGCUGGUGCUGGACAUGAGCAGAAUCAGUUACUUGGAUUCCACGGGAGGAAAACUUAUCGCACAGCUCGGGAAGGAAUAUGACGAGGCAGGCAUUAUGCUCGUGCUUGCUUCAGUCUCAGAAAGUGUACUGGAUAGCUUGGAAAAGUGCGGUACUCUGAAGACAAUCACGGCCGAGAGGAUCUUCCAUACUAUCCACGAUGCUGUUACUGUUCUUACGGUGUUAGACAAUGACAGUAAUUGCACCAAGCUCUAAACAAUUUUGUGAAUGAACGCCAUGUAUUAGUCUUUUUUUUUUUCUUUGUGAUAUUUUUUUAAAUCAAUGGCAACAUCGAUGUCAUCACAUUGAGAAAGGAAAGGUGUAUACAGGUUUCCUUUUCUCCUAUAAUUGCGUCUUUGGAUUGCGUGAGGCUGAUGUAUACACGCAUCUUAUUCAAAGCCUUUGGAAAAGUUUAUAUUUAUUUUUAUGUAUUGAUCUAUUCUUUAUUUGGGUGGGGGUAUGGGUUAUGAUAUAUAUUACCCAAAACUGCAAUGUGUAGGUAGUUUCAUUUUACUGUACAUUUAUACAUCAUGUCAUUCGUAUUAAAUGGGUAGGUAGUAGGGCUGGGCAAGAAUCGAUAAAAACAGAAUCGAAGAUUCCAGUUUUCACAUUUGGUUACUUGAGGGACCUACCAAAUGUCUUAUAAGUAUUCCAAUAGAGGGCAAUGCAGCUAAAUGACGUCUCCCAGUCCUCACGGGACUGCUAGUGGUAAUCGACAGUCCAUUCAUUUCUGUGGUGCCAUACCUUCGUUGUCUUUGUAUAAGGUAUAAAGGUAAUAUGAAUAAUAUAUUGGGAUACAAAAAUAUCAUAAAAUAAUGAGAGAUGUUUAUUAACUAUUUUUGAAAAGGCUGUGUAAUACAGUACAUGGAGGGAGAUGAGACGUGAUACUGUGAUAUUUGUUAGAAACUUAGAUUUUAUCGAUUUUAUCCCAAGCUCAUUUAUGUAGGCUCAUUUCACUUUAUAUUUAUACCUUUCUUCGUUAGAUUUUUAUAUGUAAUAUUCAUCAAUGCAAUGUGUGUGUAGUCUCUUUUCACUUUAUAUUCAUACAUUAUCUCGCCUGUAUAACCACGCCAUAUUUUUUGUAAAAUCCUCACAGUAUAUGUAAUAAUUUUUUUCAAUCAGGCGCAAUACCCUACAUUUUUGUAAGAUCAGGUCACAUUUUUCUUUUCUUUUUUCUUUUCUUUUUAUAAAAUCACUUUACGUAAUAUUCUCAAAACUGACAAUAAGUCAUAACAGAAGACAGUCAUACCAACACUCAGAUGAAAAGGGUAUUGAAUCCCUCUUGAAAAAAUAUUGAGGCAGGUAUGUUCUUACGUGUGCGCGAAAAAAUAACCUGUGUUGUUCCGUACAUAUUAGGUCAAAAUGUAUAUGGUUUACUAACGUAUUUUUAAGAUUUGUCAGUUUUUGUUAGUAAUUAUUUAAGGUUUAAUUAUCUAUUUAAUUAUUGGAGUUAAUAUUUAUGAAAUGGUAAUAAAUUAUCGGAAGGACUAGUUUCCUUAUCUUUUAAAAUGUAUCAUAUUUUUGACAUGUAAUAUUUGGCUUGUCAACUAUCUAGGAUUUUUCAUAGAGAAUACAGAGUUGCAUUUUUGCAUUAUGCCUCUUGUUUAUCUGUAAGUUCUUUUAGAACAGUCGACUAUCAAGUAGAAAGCACAAUGAAGACCUGACCAUCAUCUGGUUGACCCACUACAUAUGGCAACCAGCAAUAGUCGAUUGGAAAUGUCUUAUACAUUCCUUUAGUGGAGGCUUGUUUUUCUGUAUUAAGAUCCUGACUUCCGAUUACCAUGCGGAAGCCCAAGCACAGAAGUUUAACUCUACCACAAGUGUAAGGUAUAGAGAACCAAAGGCAUCGCCGAUGUCCAGACGGUUCCUAUAGUGACUGGAUUACAACUCCCCUAGAACACUAUUAAGCCUCUUGCAAGAGGAUGUAGAGUUCAAGCCAAUAAAUUUUGCAUAACAA